AUGGGCUCAGCCGUUUCUAAGCCCGUACCGCUCAGCGAGAAGGCUUCUUCGGCCGAAAGAGAGACUGAUAUGACCGAACAAGCAUCAUGGGAAUCAUCCUUACCGCCGUACUCGGCCCAGGAAAGAGUCGUACCUCUGACACUUCCACGCAUAAAUGAUUGGAACCAGACCCUGCUGAGCGAUCCAAAGAACCGCCUGGCGAUUUCAAGUUUCGCAGACCACUCUUUUGCAGACAUCCUCAUCAAUCACAACGCCCUUCAACGCGAUCAGCACAUCUUUAACCUGACCGUACCGGUGGAAGGCACACCCAUCACGAACCAGCGGUCCUCCGGACGCUGCUGGAUCUUCGCCGCGACCAAUAUCUUCCGUCUGCUGCUGAUUAAAGCCUACCAACUAAAAGACUUCGAGCUUAGUCAGGCGUAUCUUUUCUAUUGGGACAAGAUUGAGAAAGCGAAUUGGUUCUUCGAGCAGAUCAUCGCUACCGCCCACGAGGAUCUCUCUAGCCGGUUGGUACAGAAACUAUGCCAAGAUCCAGUCUCUGAUGGUGGCCAAUGGGAUAUGGUAGUCAACCUGGUGCAAAAAUACGGAUUGGUUCCGCAAGCACUCUAUCCGGAUGCCUAUCAUGCGCAGAAUAGUGCGAAGAUGAACUGGCUCCUUACCACUAAGCUGCGAGACCAGGCCUUCGUCCUUCGCGAAUUGGCAGCUAAAGACCCGCAAUCGGUAGCCGCUGCGAAGGAGCAAUUUCUGCAGGAAAUCCACUCGCUGGUUACCCUCCUCUUGGGACCUCCGCCGAGCCCGGACAAAAAGUUCGUCUGGCAAUUCUCCGACGCUAGCGGAAGAGCUCGUGAAGUGCAAUUGACACCGAUAGAAUUCGCUCAGCAAGCCUUCCGCCCUCGAUCGAUCUCUCGAGGCCAUCCAACUGUCAGCACAGGGCGGCUGUUCAGUCUAGUUAACGAUCCGCGACACGAGUUCAACCGGUUGCUGACCAUUGAGAGACUCGGGAACGUGGUAGAAGGGAGGCCUAUCACAGAUGCAUACGCUCAAGAAUGCAAUCAUCGCGAUGCUCAGAGCUGGAUACCCAGUCUUUUUGGCUGCGACGUGGGCAAGUUCUACGAUCGCGACCGUGGAGUCUUGGAUACCGACCUCACCGAUCUCGCGCUCGGAUUCAAUAUCACGCUGAGUAUGAGCAAGGCCCAGCGGGUUGCUAGUGGUGCUUCCUCAAUGACCCACGCUAUGGUCAUCACGGGUGUGCAUCUAGACGGCGACCGGCCGGUUCGAUGGCGCGUGGAGAAUUCUUGGGGCGAGAAGGUUGGAAAGGAUGGGUGGUUUGUCAUGACCGAUCGAUGGAUGGAUGAGUAUACUUUCCAGGCCGUUGUUGACUUCAACUUCGUCUCGACCGACGUACAAGCUAUUCUAGAGCAAAGUCCGAAGGUUUUGCCUCGGUGGGAUCCUAUGGGGGUGCUUGCCUGA